AUGUCAACAGGAAAGCCCCGGUCAUCAACCACGAUGGCCCCUGACGAUGCCGUCGUUACCGAGCCUGCAGCCGAAACCGUUGAGACGCCACAGCCGGAGGCGUUCGUUCCUCCCGAUGGUGGUACACGUGCGUGGCUCACCGUGGCCGGUGGUUGGCUCUGCCAGUUCUGCUCAUUUGGCUUCAUUAAUGCCCUAGGUUCAUUCCAAUAUGUCUACGAGAAGGAGAUCCUACCCAACGAGUCGUCAUCCAACAUCACAUGGAUCCUGACGAUGCAGUUGUUCCUAAUGUUCUUCCUCUCUCAGCCGGUGGGCAUGGGCGUUGACAUGUUUGGCGUACGGGCCAUCCUUGUCCCAGCCGCCUUCUUCUCCGUCGGUGGCCUGAUCGCCCUCUCGUUUGCCACCGAAUACUGGCAGAUCUUUCUGGCCCAAUCCCUGUGUUUCGGUCUGGGUGCGGCGGGGGCUUUUAUACCGGGUCUGGUCGCUGCCGGCCAGUAUUUCAAGAAGAGAAGGGCUCUCGUAAUGGGUAUCGUUACGAGCGGCAGUUCGUGCGGUGGCGUCGUCUUUCCCAUCAUGCUCGCCCGUCUCUUCGACCAGAUUGGCUUCCGCCAAACGCUGCGGUACACGGCCCUCAUGAUAGGCAUUAUGCUCGCCAUCGCCAACCUCCUCAUCACCAGCCCACUCCCGCCCAAGGGCCUGGCAGGGCGGAAGUCCCUGAUCAGCUUCGCAACUUUCAAGAAGCCGUCCUACCUCCUCUUUGUUUCCGGCAGCUUCCUCUUCUUCUGGGGCCUCUUUGGCCCGUUUGACUACCUGCCCAUUUUCGCGUCUAGCAACGCGUCGACCGAGCACAUCGCACUAUACACCGUCGCCAUUCUCAACGCCGCCUCGAUCCCCGGCCGCAUUCUCCCCAACAUGUACUCAGACAAGGUUGGGUCCUCUCUGCGGGUCAUCACCCUGUGCGCAUUCCUCUCGGCUGUCAUGGUGCUGGCGAUCUGGCUGCCCAUUAACUAUCACAACUCACUCGGCGGUCUCGUCGUCUUUGUCCUCCUGUUCGGAUUCGUCUCCGGCGCCUUUGUGUCGCUCAUGUCGCCCGCGCUGAUCGAGGUUGCUGGCGGCCACACACACGACCUGGGCGCGAUGCUCGGCACCUUCUUUGCCAUCGUCGCCGUCGCCAGCCUGACGGGCCUGCCGACCCAGGGAGCCAUUGCCGAAGGUGGUAACAACCUCGCGGGACUGAUCAUUUUCUGCGGCGUGGUCAUGCUGGCUGGGACAGCCCUGGUCGCGUGCGCUGCUUUCGUCAGUGAUAAGGAGAAGAAAAUGGCUGCUGAGAAUGCAGAGAGCGGGAAGGCAUGA